AUGAAGAUGGUUUUUUCUGGGCCACCAAGGAUCCAGGCGACCUUUGGCCCGACGAAAGCAACACUCAAAGAGCUGGAAGGGGUGGAUUAUGAUGCCUGGCUCGAAGCCCAGCUGUCGAUGCCGCCGACACUCCUUCGCAGCCACUACCGGGCCCGUGCAAAUCCGCGCGUUGCCGAGGACAAGCCUGCGGGAGUUCCUCGUACCUCCUGCGAGCCUGGCUCCCGUUGGCUCCAGGUCGCCUUCACUUCUGCUGACGUGGGCGCACGCGUCGUGGCCAACGGUGCUCAGAUCUUCGUUGCCGGUGCCCUGCGCACCUCGCUGGAUGCAGCAUAUACGAAGAACGCACUCCCACCCCCGAUGUCGUGCACUUCCGUCGGCCGUGAUUGGUGGCAAUGGCAGCCUCAUCGGACCUGCGAGAACCAAAUCCGACGAUGGACUUGCAGCGGGGAUGCGUCAUGGACCCUCGACAAGUCCUGUCAGCAGGAAUGCUUCGAUGGUGGCUACCGCUACGAUGGUGACGAUUGCUCGCCUGGAUGGCCCAAUUUCAACUUCACUGGCUAUCUUUGCUCGGUGGGACCAGCCGCAGCCGUGGGAAACCAGAUAGAGCUUUCCACGAAUGCGGCCUGCGAGGACAACGACAAGAUCUUCAUGCUGAACCCUGGCUUGUGGGUGGACGGCCUGACAGAUGCAGCGGGAAGCUUCGAAACCGUACGUCCCUCUGUGAUUGUCCUCACUCAGAGCCCAGCCAAUUGUGAGUUUGGGGAGUUCAUUCAGGUAAACGGGCAGACUUUCCGACAUGAGUCUCGGCUAAAGUUGCUGGACGUGACACGCCCGGCAGAGGCGUGUGUGGCCGUACCCAAGACGCCCCUGAACGUGGAUGGAUGUGAAGUACAAGCCGGAAGGGUGUGCGAUCUAGCUCGAGGCGCAGAUUCAGCAAUGAUCCUGAACAGCUCAACACUGCAGCUGAUCUCAGAGCAUGCGAACCGGUACAUCUUCGCGGUGUCCGGGCUCAGCACGACCCUGAGCCCCUGCGGCACACUAGCUCGAUGGAAGCUGUUGGACUGCCAGGCGGCAAGCUGCACUGCAACGUCCUUGCAGGCCUCGGACGUGACCCUCCUCUCCAACGCUCUCUCCACCCAGACGGGCGGCCUGCGCGACGUCUACGUGAACUGCCAGUCGGUGCCUGCGGCCUCCGUGGUUCAGGUUGGCGGCGACACUUUUCAGCAUGUUCACAUUCAUGAGGGCAACGUCUACGACUUCACGGACUGGGUCAGUGCACAUCCAGGAGGCUCAAGUGCCAUCACCAAGUGGAGCAGCAGCGGCUACAAGCUGCAAUACCCGGGAAACCAUCCGAUGGACCGUUUCGAGACCCAGGUUCGAGGCAAUGUCCUGCAGUACAUCGGCAAGGAGGACUCCGAAGUGCGCUACCUGGACCUACCCACCAACCUGAAGACAGAGGCCUUGGCUCUUGAGCUGGCCAGCACCAACUCCCAAAACCUUUCCCUGGCCUGCCCCUCUCCGGGCGAAACGGCCAACAACCCGCAGUUGGGCAACAACAUGCCCUUCUACUACCGGUUCUUGGACUUUUCUGACCUGCGCAAUGACAUGGAUUUCGACCACCCGAGUGAGUACGAGCACCGGGGCAGGCCACGGAUUCCGAGGACCAGCGCCUGGUUCAAUCAGGUGUCGACUGCGCCGGACCAGCUCCGUCAGCGUAUGGCGUGGGCUCUGUCUCAGAUCCUGGUGGUGGGCCUUGGUGGCUUCACGUAUUCGGAGAUGCACGAGCUCUGGAUGAACUACUAUGACAUCCUUGUGCGACAUGCAUUUGGGAACUACCUCGACUUGCUCCGGGAGGUGACUUUCAAUCCCCUCAUGGGCGAGUAUCUCUCGUUCUUGAGAAACACCGCCUUUGAUCAUGACCAGAACUACCCGGACGAGAACUACGCCCGCGAGGUGAUGCAGUUGUUCUCCAUCGGCACGGUCAAGCUGAAUCAGGACGGAUCUUUCGUCUUGGAUUCAUCUGGCAACCCAGAGGCCACGUACGACAACGAAGACAUCACAACCUUCGCCAGCGUGCUCACCGGCUUCGAUCGCCAGGAGUGGCGCAGCAACAUCGAGAUGGUGCCAAGCACCUCCGCAGGCCGCAACAUCAUCGAUGCCAUGCGCAUGGUAUCGAGGUGGCAUGAUGCCUACCCGAAGAUGGACCUGCACGGGAACUACCUUGGCGAUGGGUACCCCCUUUGCUCAGACAUGCUCGACGAUCAGUUCCUGCGGAAGGGAGCGCGCUAUGAGUUCGUGACGGUGAGCCAGGAGGCUGCGAGCUCCGUCAUGACGCUGCGCCCCGACUCCGCGUUGUACAAGGCCCUCUGCUCUGCUGAUGGCUCGGGUCCCUGCCGCUUCAAUGCCAGCAUCGUGCUGCAGACGGAUCUGACCUGCUACCAGGAAGAGUGCAGCACCACACGCCCACUAGUGGUCCAGGUUGGAGAUGCUUUCUACGAGUUCAUGCCGCCUCCCUGCGUGCAUUUCUUCUUCUUCGAAGGCCGGAUUGCCACUGGGAGUGCCUCCCGAAGGCAGUGGUCGUCUCGGAGGAUCUGCACGAACCCUGCGACCUUCGUAGGCGGCGCCUACUGCUGCGCGGGCUGCUCGAACAUUCCGCCCGCGUACUUCUACCAGAGAGACGAUGGAAAAGUCUAUGACUGCGUGAACAGGUCGGAUGGGGCUUUUACAGGCAGCGGCUGCAACAUUCAGGGCCCAGGGAGCUGGUGGGACCAGAACAAGUGGUGCGAACUCCGCUGUGAUCAGCUGAAUCUGAGCUACGGAGGUCCCUGUGUCAGGGACUACGAGGAGGCCCAUGUCUGCGGCUAUCACCAGGAGUACAUGUCUUACGAAUCGGCCGAGCGCAGGUGUGCUUCCCAGGGUCUGAACAUCUGCGACCGCGGCACGAAGUUGACGACCUGCGGGCUGAACGAUGACGAUGCCCAGGUUUGGACACAGGAGACCUGCACCACCAACAUCACGGUAGAUGAGGUCGGAAGGGUGAGCUCCCAAAGGACGGAGAAGAUGAAGAUGAACAAGCUGCGGGUGCGCUGGACCAGCGGCUUUCCUGACGUCAGUGCCUGUCCCGCAGGCUGCGGAUCCUUGGGGAGCUCUUGCGAGUGCCCGGUCCGGGUGGUGACCCGGGCUGUUUUUGACCGCAUUCCUGGGGCCACCGAGCUUUCGACGCUGGCAGUGGGCGCCCUCCCACCUCAGCAGGCGUGCAGCCACUGUGGGGACGUGAAGGCCUACACGACUGGUGGCACCUUUGAUGAGAAGACGGUCUUUGAGUACCAAGGCAAGUUCUACCGGAACAUCGAGAGCCUCGUCUACGUCGGGGACAAGAGCUUCCGGAACCCGCCCCGCUUCGGGCUGGAGGAGGAAGUCAAUGAGCUGUCGGCGCGGUGGGAGAUCGAGAGCCUUCUCGAGCACUUGGUGAACCACCCCAACACACCGACCUUCAUCGGGCUGCGGCUCAUCCAGCGCUUCGUGACGUCCAACCCCACGCCAGGCUACGUCUCCGACGUGGCUGAGGCCUUCAAGACUGGUACCUAUCAAGGCCACACCUUCUCAGGCCGGCGUGGCGACUUGGCGGCCACCAUCGCCGCCAUCCUCUUGCACCCAGAGGCCGUGGGGGCUGCAAGCCGCCGCGGGGCGCUCCGCGAGCCGCUCAUCAAGCUGGUUCACUUCCUGCGGGCCUUGGAUUUCGAGGACUCCGCGGGGCGCGAGAUCCUGUUCCAGGAGUUGCAGCCCUUGAUUGGCCAGGGCCCCUUCGAGUCUCCGUCCGUCUUCAACUUCUACCGGUCGGACUACCAGUCCAGUUCGAUGCCGGCCGACGUUGUCGCGCCGGAGGCGCAGAUCAUGGACGCCAGCAACAUGGUCAACUUCCUCAAUGGCAUGCUGUCCCUGGUCAAGCACGGUGGCAUCACGCACUGUGAUGGGGGCUUCGGCAUCGACACCAAGACGUGUGAGCAGAACUCUUUCAAGCACGGCCUGAACAUCACGCAGUCUGGCGCCACCCAGGUGCUAUCCGAGCUGGACCUGCUUUUGACGGGAGGGCGGAUGACGAACGCCACGCGGGCCGUGGCCCGCGCCAGCUUAGAGGCCUGGGACAAGGAGGAGCACCAAGUCAAGGCUGCCCAGGAGGCGGUUCUCCUGGCCCCAGAGUUCCACACCUUAGGGUCCCCUCUGCCACAAGGUGUGCGAAGUGAAGACUCCCAGUCCAAUACGGAGACCGCCGCGCCACGGUCCUACAAGGCGCUGAUCAACCUCUAUCUCAAUGGUGGUGCCGACACCUUCAACCUCCUUGUGCCUCUGGAUUGCGCGCUUCAUGACGAGUACGUUGCUGUCCGAGGACCUGCGGCCUUGCUGAACGCCGAGCUCCUGGAGAUUCAGACCACAGGUCAAGCUUGCAGCAAGUUUGGCGUCCACCACAAGCUGCCUGUGAUCCGUCAGCUCUACCAGGAUGGAAAGGCCGCCUUCGUCAGCAACGUCGGGAGCCUCGUCGAGCCCUUGAACCGCAAUGAGUACGACAACGGCCUCAAAUCCGUGUGCGCCGGGCUCUUUUCUCAUUCCGACCAGACGGAGGCGGCUCAGACGUUGAAGUGUCAAAUCCGGGGCUCCGCUCCCAAAGGCGUGGGAGGCCGAAUGGCCGACGCGCUCUCAUCCGGGACGCAGCAGUUUCGGACGGCCUCGUACUCCCUGAGCGGCCGGCAGACUUGGGCACAGGGCGUGGACAUCAACCAGAUCAGCGUCGCACGAAGCGGUGAGGUGCCGACACUCAACAACUACACGGGACGGAGGCAGCUUCUCGAAGAUCUCUCGCAGACGGCCUACGGCAACAUCUACUGCGAGGAGUAUGCCCGGAAUCUUGGGAAGUGGGUGGACUCGAAUCAGGUCUUGUCUGACCAGCUCCAAACGGCAAACCUCAGCACCACCUGGCCAACCGACAUCGAGGACUGGAGCAGGCGGCAAACACUGCUGUCCUUCCAGACUGUGGCCAAGCUGAUUGCCUCUCGAGAAGCUCGCAAGGUGGAGCGUGACUUCUUCUACGUGGAGCUCCGUGGCUUCGACACUCACAACGACGUCCGGCCCGUGAUGGAAGAGCUCUUCGGCAACCUGAACUUUGCGCUCGAGGCCUUCGUGGCGGAACUCAAGGCGCAGGGCGUCUGGGACGCGACCACGCUGGUCACUUCUUCGGACUUCGGGCGCACGCUGACCUCGAAUGGUAAGGGCACCGAUCAUGGAUGGGCUGGGAACUACGUGGUCCUCGGUGGAGCCGUGAAGGGCGGCCAGGUCUACAACCGAUUCCCGGCCAGCCUUGCCGAAGGCAACAAUCAAGAUGCAGGCCGCGGCCGCAUGAUCCCGGAAUACCCCUGGGAGAAUGUCCUCAUGCCUAUUGCUGAGUGGAUGGGGGUAGAGAGCUCGCACCAGCGGGAUGUCUUCCCAAAUAUCCAGAACUUCAAUGCGUCGCACAUCUUGGCAACCAACGUGCUGUUCGCAUCUUAG